AUGACGUCAGCUGUGGACCCCGCCGUGCUGCUCACUAGUGUCAGUGUGUCUGUGUCCGCGUGUCCGCCGUGUCCGCUGGAAGCCAUGCUGCUGCCACUGGUUAUGUGGACGCUCCUGAUGACAGCCCGGUCUGAGCUGGACGACUACUCUUUUUACGAGCCCGGAGCGCCACUGCGACGACAGUUUGAGCUACUUGAACAGAAGCCACACAUGAUGAUCACUUGCACGAGUACGACCGUGAUUGGUGAGCUGGAGUACCGGCUGACACCGCCGGCACCGGAUCCCGACUCCGCGCCCCCGUGGGUGGUGUACCGGCUGUCUCAGCCCCCUGAGAGCGGUGACCGGUCAGCCGACCCGUGCCCCACCCUUCAGCGCUGUCUGGGACACCGGGCCUGCGCGUUCCGCUUCAGCAACGAAUUCUGCGGACGGGACCCCGCCCCCGGCCGGAGGAAGCGAAUCUUGCUGAUGGUGAGCUGUUUCGAAGACACCAAUCACUCCAAUGCAGCGGUGGUGCACCUCCAGUACCGGUCGCUGCUGGAGGCCGGCGUCAGGAACUACCCGGCGGUAACUGUGGAGGAGCGGCUGCAGCCGGCUGACCUGGUGUUCGGUCUCAGCUGCCCCAGAGAUCGGCAGGCCGCCGCGGCCGCCGGCUACCACGGCGUCUGCUCGGGUCAGGUCGAUGGCCCGGACCGGCUCCGGCAGAGGGCUGCCUUCAUCCUGGCCACAACCCACUCCGCCCAGUGCCGGGAGCAGCUCAGCCAGGUGCUCUGUUCGUUAGCCUUCAGUCGCUCGGCCGAGUGUCUGCCCCCGUUUAUGUGGAGCGAGGGACGACCGAGCGAGCUGGUCGCCCCUCGGGUCAGCGGUGGCAGUGACGGACUGACAGGAUCCGUACCAGCAGCCAGCGUGCGUCAUUCUUCCUUAGUCCCUGUCAAGAUCGGCUUUUACAUUCUGGUCCACAGCGGUUUGGAUGCAGUGCUGGAGCUGCUCUCGCUGCUGUACGACCCGGCCCACCUGUUCGUGCUGCACGUGGACCGUCGCAGUGAGCCGCUGCACCGGCAGCUGGAGGCCGCGCUGGCCCGCCGGUACCCGGACAGGGACCGGCUCCGCCUGCUCCCCCGGCGCCGCUCCUUCGCCACCGACUGGGGCUCCGACAAGAUCAUCAGGGCCGAGCUCGAGUGCCUCGCUGAACUGCUGCGGAUGGGCCCGUGGGACUUUGCUGUUCCUCUGAGCGGCCGAGACCUGCCCCUGCGGUCGGCGGCUGACCUGGCGCUGACACUCGCGCCUUACCGGGGCAGGAACUUGCUCCAUCCCGGCGAGAGAAAGUUCGUCACGCCAGAGGACGAGAACAGGGUGUUCGCAAUGUACGGCUGUGACGGAUUCAUUUUCAAUGUUUCUCGUCCUAGCGAUGUCAGACUGGAGCUGAACAUCCCCAUCUCCGGCCACUCCAUGUGGAAGGCCCUGGAUCGUCAGUUCGUCUUCUAUCUGGUCCACGAGCUGCCCCACUCCGAGCUCGCUCGCUGGACGCUGCUGCAGCGGCUCAUCAUCAUUCCGGACGAGAGUUUCUUUGCCACCGUUCUCAUGAACUCGCCACACAGAGGCACUAUUCUCCGAGCCAAACUACAUCAUCCGAAGCGGUUUGAGGGCGAAAAUUCGGACCGUCUCUGCCGACACCAGGAUAAGGCCGAGUUCUGCGGAAAGGGCCCGGCCCUAAUUCAGGAGCGGGACAUCGGCCACAUACAGAGACUCUCCUCACGGUUCUUCUUUGCCCGGAAAUUCUCACCGGACGUGAGGGACCCGGCACGCGGCAGGUUCCGCGCCGCCUUCAGCCGGCCCUACCACCAGACCGUGCGGCACGUGCUGGCCCCGUGGCUGGAGAGGUGGGUCCAUGGCACGUGCUGACUGGUAACGGAUCUCGAGUGAC